UCAGAUGAAUUGAGAAACGAAAAGGAUAAAUCGAAAGGAGAAUUAAUUGGCCACAACAGAGCUGUGGACUUCAUAGAAGCUGUUUACAGUCGAAUUAAAUUGGACUAUGGAAGUAAAGAUAUCCAAGACCAUAAAGCUGUCGUAGUAGAUCUAGUUGAGAAAAUCUCAAAGAAACUUGGAGAGAUAUGCGACAUCUUUGUUGUAGACAGAAAGGUCGACACUGGUAGUUUUGAGAAACGUACAAAGGUCUUGCAACCAGAUGAGUUCGACUAUUUGUUUCUCUUACUCAUCGCAUACGAUAAAACCAAACUCAAAUGUGUUGAUGACACCCUCAACUAUGACAUUAAUAUAGGAACCAUAAAGAUUGAAGAUCCGCACUUGGAGCAACAAAUCAAGGAAUUAUGGGAUGAUUGCGCCCAAGAAGAUCCCUCUGUUGUGUUACGUCGUAAACUUGGAAUUGUUCAUAACUCAAUGAUAACAAAUCAGAUCAGUAAGCUAUUUUGGUACAAAGUACACCAGGCACUUGAUCUUCUUUCACGUGAAGGCACGCUUAAAAUGGAAUAUCUUGGAAAGGUCCAUGUUCAUCCGGGCACUCCCGAAUUGAAACCUGGUCAGAUAAGAGUAGCAGUAGAACUCGGACGACCAUGCGUGAAGCUUCAAGUUGGGGCACCUAUGUGUAUAACAGAUGUAGAUCUGAACUUUGGACUUGAAGUUUGCACCAAGCCUAAAGUAGGCCGAUAUGUCUUACUACCAUUUAUAAAGCAAUGGGAUCCAGAUCAAUGGUGGAAUCACAACUGUAACUAUGGAACUGAAUGUGCUCAUUGGACUGUGUCUAUAUACGAUAUUCCUGCUGAUAGUCCAAGAGUGAAACUCGACCAAAGACAUCAAAAACUUGUAGUCUUCUUAAAAUACAUCAGGGAGGUGUAUGAAAUUGGCGUUAGUUCACAUGCCCUAACUAUCAUCGUAGAACAGCACCAGAUGAAAUGCAAGAACAAGCAUUUGGAUGAAUGUCUGGAGAUGUCUUUGUACAGAUUGGAUGAGUUGUGUACAAAUCCAUCAGCUGUACUCAGGGAUAUUAACUUCCCUCAAGUGAAGCUCAUCAUGGGAGGCGAAGUGAAAGACUCCCAGAAGUGUAGACUAAUGAUUCAAGACAUGCUAUGUAUACUUAAAACAACUGGAACAGAUGGAAACUGGCGUACAAAUUUUAAACUUAAUUCAAAAUCUAAAACAAUUAAACGUUUUGAACGUCGCCUCAGGAGAUGUUCAAGACAUUGGAUUGCAUAGGGUAAGAACAUAGUAUGGAAUCCAGGUAAAAGCUAGACGUGUC